AUGAUUAAUAACAAAUUUGUCGGAUGUAUUUUUCUCACCUUGUGUUUUUGUCUCCACCAGAUUAUUGUCGAUGAUGAUGACAGUAAGGUGUGGUCGCUGUAUGAUGCCGGCCCAAAGAGCAUCAGGUGUCCCAUCAUCCUCUUCCCACCGGUCAGUGGGACAGCUGAGGUGUUCUUCCAGCAGGUGUUGGCUCUGACGGGAUGGGGCUACAGGGUCAUCUCGCUGCAGUAUCCGGUGUACUGGGAUCUCAUGGAGUUCUGUGACGGCUUCAGGAAGCUUCUCGAUCACCUGCAGUUGGAUAAAGUCCAUCUGUUCGGUGCAUCUCUGGGUGGAUUCUUGGCUCAGAAGUUUGCAGAGUGCACACAUAAGUCUCCCAGAGUGCACUCACUGAUACUGUGUAACUCAUUCAGUGAUACCUCCAUCUUUAAUCAGACGUGGACUUCAAACAGUUUCUGGUUGAUGCCAGCUUUCAUGUUGAAGAAGAUUGUUCUGGCGAACUUUGCUAAAGGGCCCGUGGAUCCUAAAAUGGCAGACGCAAUUGACUUCAUGGUUGACAGGUUGGAGAGUCUGAACCAAAGUGAGUUAGCAUCGCGGCUAACACUCAACUGUCAGAACUCCUACGUGGAGCCGCACAAGAUAAAAGAUGUUGCUGUGACCAUUAUAGAUGUGUUUGAUCAGAGCGCUCUGUCGCUGGAGGCGAAGGAGGAGAUGUAUAAACUGUAUCCCAAUGCCAGACGAGCUCAUCUGAAGACGGGAGGAAACUUCCCUUACCUGUGCAGGAGUGCUGAAGUCAACCUCUACAUACAGAUUCACUUGCGUCAGUUCCACGGGACCAGAUACGCUGCCAUCAGUCCUGCCAUGGUGAGCGCUGAGGAGCUGGAGGUGCAGGAGAGUCACCUGAGUGGCAACCAGGACGACGACGACGACCAAUGAGACUUUUACCUGCAGACCGUUUCCUGUCAACAUUUCCAACACUUUAUCUUACUCUUCAUCAUUUCACAGGACGCUCUCCAGAUUUUCUAUGGAGCUCAACACUCGCUCAGCGAGACAACUGAGAAUAUUUUUAUUUGACAGAUGAAGCAAUAUUUUGAUAAUGACCUGUAGAUAAAUGGCACUCGGCCGCUUUGCUUUAAAAACAUACGACACCUUGCCUUAUGUGAAAUGAAUUAGAUAAUUGUUGCACUCAUAAACUGCCUGAACUCUUCCUAUGUGUAAUAUAUAUUGUGGUUAACACAGCCAGCAGUGAACUGGUGUCCUGUUAACAGAAAGCUGAACACUGGUUACGGAGAGACGCACGUCUGAAAGUGAUUGUGUAAUUCAAUCAGAGGAAAUGACAUGUUUGUUUGUUUUGGAAUACAGUUGAUUAUUUAGGAUUUGACAUGUGCAGUCGUUCUUUCCACUGGUGUCAGUGUGAGCUGAGGUUUACAUGAGGAGUCAUGAAUCAGCCCAUCUGUUCAACUGCCAAAGCCUGUUUUUGCAAACUGAAAUCAAACGUCAGUCCAAGUGUCACUGGAUGUUUUGUAGUUUCCAGCUUCAGAAAACUACAGGAUGUCUCUUCAAAUAUGAAGGACUUCCAUGUGGCUCUGCUGCUCUGGGCUUCAUUCAGACCUCCAGAUACUCCUGGAGCUAGAAUUAUUUUUUUUCUCUCUGCUUCUGAAUGGAUGAAGAAUAAAUGAAAAUGAUGUGCUGUGCCUUUUUAUAAAAGAUGAUAUACACAUUA